CCUCAAGGAGAAGUCGUUCGUUUCAAGGUUAUUUUCUAAACAUCCCUACCAUUUCCUAAUCCAACAGAUACGCAGCCAUGACUCUGCCUUUCUUCGUCAGCGCUCCUGGUAAGGUGAUCAUUUUUGGCGAACAUUCUGCUGUCUACAGCAAGCCAGCCAUAGCUGCUGCGCUCAGUUUGAGGGCGUACUUGUUGGUGACUCCUAGCAAGGACCCUAAAAAGAUCACGUUGAACUUCCCAGAUGUGGAGCUUUCCCACUCAUGGAACAAAGAGGAUAUUCCUUGGGAUGAGAUCCAAGCCCACGUCCAGUUCAAGGACGGAAGGCCGUUGGCCACCGAGGAAUUGGUGCCUGAAAUUACCAACGAGUUGAGUGGUGUGUUAAGUGACCUUGAGUCAAGUUUGCAUUAUGUCGCUAGUCAUUGUUUCCUUUACAUGUACACCCACUUGUGUUCCAAAGAGAUUCCAGGUAUGACCUUCUCCAUCCGAUCCACCUUGCCCAUUGGGGCAGGAUUGGGUUCGUCUGCAUCCGUUUCUGUCUGUUUGGCGUCCGCAUUGGCAGUGCUAGGUGGCCACGUCCAGCAUGCCACCCUCCAUCAAAAUGACAAAGUCACCAAAAAUCACAACCCAGAGGCCGAUUUUAUAGACUCGUGGUCGCUCAUAGGUGAAAAGUGCUACCACGGAAAUCCUUCGGGUAUUGACAACGCGGUUGCUACAUACGGUGGUGCUGUUAUGUACCAAAGAAUGAAGAAUCCUUCUCAGCCGUCUGUCAGAACCAACAUGAGAAACUUGCCUCCAUUGAAGUUGCUUCUCACCAACACCAAGAUCCCUAGAUCAACGGCAUACUUGGUGGGCCAGGUGGGUAAAAUCAACGAAAAAUACCCCAAGACCUCUGCCAGCAUAUUGGAAGCCAUGGAGCACUUGGCAAAUGACGCGUACCAGAUCAUGACCAGGCCGUUCUUUGGCAAGGAGGAAAAGGAGAAAAUGAGGGAAUUGGUGAACAUCAACCACGGGUUAUUAGUGGCAUUGGGUGUGUCCCAUCCAUCCUUGGAAAACAUCAAGAUUAUCAGUGAGGUCAACAAGAUUGGUGCCACCAAAUUGACUGGUGCAGGAGGAGGAGGUUGUGCCAUCACUUUGGUCAACGAUGACGUUGCCGAGGAGACUAUCCAGAGGACCAUUGACGAGUUUAAGACCCAUGGGUACGAAACAUAUGAAACAACCCUCGGAGGGAAGGGUGUUGCCUCGUUGCAGUUUGACCUGGUUAAGGAGGACCUUCGUGACAAGGUAUUCUCGGACGAAGCAUUUGCUAGUUACAAAGACAGAUUUGAGAUCGAUGGCGUGUUGAGUGUGGAUAAUUUGGAGGGCUGGAGAUUCUGGUAGGCGAUGAGUGGAAAACCGUCAGAGCUCCAACUUCCCUAACUUCCAAAUGUUUCUGAAGAAAAAGCACGUUAGGUGUUCAUGCUCGUUGAACAUGGAGUGCUCGUGUAAAUAUUGCUAUUCUUGCUGUAUUUUAGGCAUGUGCUGAGAACAAUAUAUCAUAAGUAAUAUAUAAUCUAGAAACUAGUUGAUAAGCACUAGCAUAUGUAAAAUAUUAUCUAGAAAAGAGCCUAUA